UUAGCUAUGACUAUAGAAGAAAAUGUAUUGUAAUGAAACAGCAGGGAGCAGGUCUCGAACCCUCAACCUUCGAGCCCGAGGUCCGGCGCGCUAUCGACUGUGCCGCAAAAGCAUGCUCGUACGGCAGGGUCGAUUUCCGCACUUGUAAACCCAGGAUCGUUACAGUAUAUUCGUUUUUGAGCUCUCUACCCUUUAGAUGAGAGAGGGGAGACUUUCAUUGAGGUUUUGUUUGAAACUGCUAGUGAGUCAAGUGAAGCUAAUAGUACAGAACAUGAGAAUGAGUGGGUUACAGUGGCGAAGAAAAAGGGAAACAAAAGAAGUGAAGCUAUUUUGGAAAAUAGGAAACCACUAGACUCGUUUUUGGUCAGAGUCAGGGUUUGGAUGAAUGCUACUUGGGAAAUCCGUUUAACGUCUCCAGGAUAAUCUGGAAUGUGUUGGAAGAAAGUGUGGAGUCAGUGAGAGUCACAAAAAGUGGUCUUGUUUUGAUUCUUUUGUGUGUCUGCGGAGCAGAAGAAGCGUGUGCUCAAAAAGAUAUUUGAGUGGAAUGUUUCCUGCAUGGGUUUUCGUGGCAGGGCGCCUAAUCAAGGGGGUUAUUUCUGGGGUGGCGCAAGAAAUAAAGGCAGAGAAUAUAACUGAAAAGGUUGGUGCACGUCGACUGACUUAUAUGGUGGACGGAGACAAUACGUUUUCUUCAUCCAUGCUACUGUAAAGAGUCUUUCCCUUCUCAUAUGAAGUUAGGAUUCAUGAGAUACCCUGUAAGAGCUUUUGUGCUCAAGCCCCUUCAGUGUCAUGAAUGUAAAAGUUUUGGUCAUGUGUCAAGUAUGUACAGAAGGGAAGGAUAUCGUAUGCCAGAUGAAGGGAAAUGCUACAACUGUGGAGGUGAACAUGCGCCAGAAUUCUUGAAGUGCCAUACUAGGGUGAAGGAUAAUGAGGUUUAAGCAGUGUCCAGCGUGUUUCCUAUCUGGAGGCUGUGAGAAAAUUGGAAGGAACGAGUGCCAGUGAAAAAGCAAUGGUUGUAGAGCCACCAAGCCCAGUGAAGGUUUUUCAUCAAAUGAGGGAUAGUGAAAGUUCUUAUUUAAUACCCCGUCCAGCUGGUGUCGGUAAUGCACCAUUAACAUUGGAUGCCAAUCGCCGUUAAACCCCAUCGAAGAAGAAGAAGAAGAAGCAGAGGCAGUAGCAAAUGUCUUUUCGUCAUAAGUCUAGACGAACUGACUAUAACGGAGAUGAAAAUAGGAAUAGGGGCCCUUUGAAGCGGUAUAACUACCGGGAACGUGUAGCUGAUGGCAGUAUGAGAUCAAAUGAGGACAUGGACUCCACCAGUGAUCUGAAGAAGAGUAAUGUCAACCACAGACACACUGAUAUCAGACCUGUUAGGCCCCAGAGUCUGCAACACCACCAAGCAAGCGGCACUAUGAAGACCAAGGAUCUCUCCAAACAGUUGUACCACUCCUGGGAGCGUGAAGUGGAGACUGACGAAAUGUGCUCAAGCGUCUGUUGUGACAUGCAACGUUACAGGAGGAGGACACUGGCAACAGAGUUUGGUCCAAGGGAACGGAAGAACUCUUCAGGGAGCUCAGAUUCCAGAGACUCUCCAGUCCCUGGUGAGGUCAUGGAGGAGGAUGAGGAAGUCCUGAUGAGGAGGCAGAAACAGAUCACAUAUGGGAAGAACACACUCGCCUAUGACAGAUACAUAAAGGAAGUACCCAAGCACUUGAGGCAGCCAGGAGUUCAUCCUAAAACUCCUAACAAGUUUAAGAAAUACAGCCGGCGCUCAUGGGACCAGCAGAUUAAAUUGUGGAAGGUGAAGAUUCACGCGUGGGACCCCCCAGCCCAGGAGGGCAGUGAGCUGCAGGCCAUAUAUGAGGUUGACUUGGAUGAUGUAAUGGAUAUUGAGCUAGACUUCCCUGAGCUGGAUUCCGACUCAAGCGCACAGCCUCCUAAAGUCAGCAAGGCCUCUUCGUCUCAAGCAGACUCUUGCCAAGUAACUCCCAAUAUGAUAAAAAUGGAUAUAUCAGUUGACCUUGAAAUGGCCUAAAUGUCCACAUGAGGAUAAUGUGGAAAGGCCUGGGGUAUUGAUUUCCCCCAACACCAUGUUUGAAAUGGAUGCAUCCACCAGUGAUCGCCUCCUUUUGGUGGAAUGCAGUUUCUGGUAAAGAGACAUGCCUCAGACCCAUUCUCAGCUGUCUUUUGACAGCUAUCACCCAGCAGGGAAAACAUUGAAUGCUUAAAAUACCAGGACAAAUUGAUGAUAGAUUGAAUUCAAGUCCGUGACCUGAAUUGUGUAUAUCACAUUUUU